UUGCAUCGUCGGAUCUAGCAACUCCACACGAAAAGUCCUAAAACCAAGCAGCAUGGAUAACCGCAGUUUGCUCCUGAGGCUCUCCCUGGUGGUGGCUUUAGUUAUACUGCUGGUCUGUGUUCCUGAAACAGAUGCAGGUGGUCACCAGAAGAAGAAAAAGAUCGUUAUCCAUGUGCCAAUACACAAGAAGAUUGAGAAACAUAUCCACACGGUGGUGAAGCAUGUUCACCAUCAUCACAAGCCCCUGGUCCUCAAGGAGGAGAAGAAGGUCAUCCACGAAGAUCAUCGCCCCAUCCAAAUCCACCAGACAAAGGAGCAUAUCCAUCAUCACGAGAAGCACGACCACCAUGACCACCACGAGCACCAUCAUCCUCUGGCGGCGCCUGCAGUGGCACCACCGCCUCCAUUGCCCGAGUACGAGGAGGAGGAGGAGGAGCACAUCCAUCACCAUCACAACUACGAGCACCGGGGUGGACUCCGAGACGACUUCAUCGGCGGAGACGGGAGCAGUAGCGAGGAGCGCUGA